AUGGCCGCUGCUAUUAAGGCAAUCAAUGCCAAGAUCCGUUCCAACAAGGUUCUGGACUAUGUCUGCUCAACACAUUUCUGGGGCCCUGCCUCGAACUUCGGUAUCCCCAUUGCUGCCGUGAUGGACACCCAGAAGGAUCCCGAAAUUAUUUCUGGCCAGAUGACCGCUGCGCUUACCAUCUACUCUGCCACAUUCAUGCGUUACGCCCUCGCCGUCUCGCCCAAGAACUACCUCCUUUUCGCCUGCCAUGCCGUCAACUUCUCCGCUCAGCUCACCCAAGGAUACCGGUACCUGAACUACUGGAACUGGGGUGGUCGUGAAGCCAAGCUUGCAGAGACCGCCAAGCUGGGCAAGGAAGCCACCGAAGCAGGCGCAUGA